AUGGUAGAAUUUGUGCGGGACUUCAAAUUGAAGCUAACAGAGGAGCCAUAUGAGACCGUUGCCCACUUUCGCAUUCAGCUAUUAAUCGACAAUUGGAUCAUUGAAGCCCAAGGAGAGGAUGAAUUACUAAUGGGGAUGAAAAAAAGAGCCGAUGGUAGUGAAGAGUCAGAAUGGAGAGUUGGCUCCGAUGGAGGUUUGCGGUACCAUGGCCGCUUGUGCAUCCCAAACCUCCAUGAGCUGAGGAAAGAAGUCCUCGAUGCCGCUCAAAACUCCAAAUUAGCAAUGCACCCAGGGAGCACAAAGAUGUACAGGGACUUGAAGCAAGCCUAUUGGUGGAACAAUAUGAAGAACCAAAUAGUAGACUACGUGUCCCGAUGCCUCACCUACCAGGAGGUCAAGGCUGAGUAUCACCGACCAUCGAGCCUCCUACAACCCAUGUCGCUAGCAGAAUGUAAGUGA